AUGCUAGCGCCCGAGGGACCAUCAGUGUCACACGACUGCGAUGUCUGUGAGCGCGAAUUUAAGAAUCCCGCGGCACUGCAGGCUCAUAUUAAUCACUCGAAGUUCCAUGAGAAGUUGGUAAGGCAGCAGCGCCCCUCACAGCCGGCGGUCGCUUCAGUAUCACAGCCUGUUCCGAUCGUGGAUGAAUUUGCGAGUGUUAGCGUCGUCCGUGGCAUCGAUAGUCUCAAGCAUGGUAACAACAACUGGACCGUCGUCCCAGAUUCACAACAGGCAGAAGCACUACAAGCACUCAAAAACCAUUGCCAUUCCACGAUCGAUCUCCUGAAACACAAUUACGUCCUCAAACCGGUCACCGCCGAAGACAUCGACGAUCUUCGCAAGUGCAAGAAUUGUGGUGACCGUAAGAAGAAAGCAAGCUAUCCCUGUAUCUUCCACCCUCCGCAACGAAAACCCGCUCGAAACAGCAACAAUGGGCUACCUCCGUCCUGCUGCGGCCAGCGAGGCCGUGGCUGCAAACAACUUCCCGUCCAUGAUUUCGGGCCUGCGGACAGGCGGUCAUUGAAGAAAUUCAGAACGUACGCACGCACCCCCGCCGCAUCCUACCCGCAGACGUCCAAGCGCCGCGCCGUGACGCUGGACUGCGAGAUGGCUGGCGUCGCGAGGGGCCAGGCCGAGGUGAUUCUGCUCUGCGCGGCCGACUACAUGACCGGCGAGACGCUCGUCAACAGCCUUGUGCGCCCGACCAGCAGGGUCGUCGACUGGCGCUCGCGGUUCAGCGGCGUAACGGCGGAAGCGAUGGCCACCGCCACAGAGCAGGGCGACACUUUGGAUGGGUGGCGAGGCGCGCGCGCCGAGCUGUGGAAGCACGUCGACGCGGACACGAUCCUGGUCGGCCAUUCGCUGCAGCACGAUCUUGACGUUCUGAGGAUGAUACACACCCGAGUGGUCGACUCGGCUAUCCUGGCGAGAAACGCUGUCGGCUCCGCUCGGCAAUGGGGCCUCAAAGCGCUGUGCGGGGAAUUCCUGGGCAUCGACAUCCAGAACGGCGGACUGAGAGGUCACGAUUGCAUGGAGGACGCGCUGGCUGCUCGAGAGGUUGUGCUCUGGUGUCUUCAGAACCCGUCAUUGUUGGCAGGUUGGGGAGAGAUGGUAAAUGAGCAGGAGGAACGGAAGAGGCAGGAGGAGGCGGAUAAGAGGGAGAAAAUGAAGAUAAAGACGGAGAGGACUUUACCCAAGGCGGGAGAGGAAGGCCAAGGGGAUGGAAUGAGGGGGGGAAGCAGCAGCGCCGUGGGGGGCAACGGUAAUGGUAAGAUGAAGAAGCAACCGAAGGCUAUACGGCCUAGAGACAUCGACGAUGUUGAGUACUCCUCAGACGAAAUUGAGAUAUUAAGGUGGGCGGACAUUGCGGAGGAUUUGGGGUAUCCGCAUCCCGACCAUUAUGACCCUUGGUCGGACUAG